AUAUUUAUAUUUAACCUCGAAACCAAAGUGGAAUCAUGUUUAUUCAACGCAGCAUAUCACUCCAAAAACAAGUAGCGGCAUCCCUCGCAGGUGCUGGUUUAAUCGGUUGCUUUUGCAGUCAAAUUUUAAAAUUACCACUUGGAAUUGAAGCCGUAUCUGUAACGAGUAGGUAUCUGGUAACGCAAAGUGAUAAACACAAGAUUGCGUCCAUCCUGUUCAAUCACGCCGAAGCGCAGGUGUCUAGGCCUAUAUCAGAAGCUUUUUUAUUUUCCUCUAAUACUGAUAAAAGGCGAUUUUCAACUACUGUGACAACAGCAAAGGCUUACAAUAGUGAAAUGGCGGAUUCCAACAACAUUCCUGUAUGGGCAUCGGAUGCCUUCAAGACAACACACGAUGCUUUCGAGAAGGUUAGGCAUGCCUACAUCCCAGAGCUGGGAAUGGCGGCAGUAAUAUACAACCAUAAACCAACAGGUCUCAAUGUAGUGUCCCUUGUUACCGAUAUCAGCAGCGGCAGGGAGAUGUGCUUCGAUAUCGUGAUUCCAACUCCACCAUUCAAUGACUGUGGAUGUCCUCAUAUACUAGAACACGCAGUGCUAGAGGGUUCUAAAAAGUACCCAAGCAAGGGUGGAUUUUCACUCUUAUUACAAGGAGGCUUCCAGAGCUUUGUAAAUGCUUUCACAUACAAGGACAGGACAUCGUAUCUAUUCGCCUCAACCAACGAAAAGGAUUUUUACAUCACAGCUGAUUUCUACAUGAAUGCAGUAUUUCAACCAAAUAUACGCCAUGAAGAAAGGAUAUUUAGACAAGAAGCGUGGCAUUACAAGGUGAAGAAGUAUGACGCAAAUACUAAAACGGAAGAAGAUGACGGUAUAGUGGUUCAUGAUCGUCAUAUAAGUUACGGGGGCAUUGUGUACAGUGAAAUGCAAAAAGCAUACUCCGACCCGAUUUCCAGAGGCCAAGACUAUAUAUACCAAACCCUCUUUUCCAAUUGUUACAAGUACGACUCAGGUGGUGACCCCAAGCACAUUGUAAAGCUGCAGUACCCAGAACUGGUCAAGUUUUAUGAGACUUACUACGGUCCCAAAACAGCGACAGUCUACUUCUAUGGACCAGAUGAUGUCAGCAAACGUUUAGAAUUCAUUGAUAAUUACAUGACAGAAAAUGGUAUAACCCAGGAUAACUCGUACACUGCCAUACCUGAAACAGCGAAGCAAGAAUUGCAACUUGAACAUUACAAGGAUUUAGGAGCUGUUGUCCAUGGUUCAUUUGGUGCCAGUGGGUCAGAGGAAGAGGACAUUAUACUCACUGGGUGGCUACUGGAUCCACAAACUGCCUCAUCUGGUGAAACUGAUCGGGUUACUGGUAAAUAUAGGAUUGAUUUGGUAGAUGCACUGGGAAUGGAAGUUCUUGAGCAUCUGCUUAUGGGUACUUCUGAGAGUUACUUAUACAAAGCCUUGAUUAAAUCCGGUUUAGGAAAGAAAGUUGUUGGCUCAGGUUUAACCAACUACUUUAAGCAGUCUAACUUCAUUAUUGGGAUAGCCGGGAUAGACCCCAAACAAUAUGAUAAAGCGAAUGCCUUAGCAACGUUCGACAGUAUCAUGAACUCUACCUUAUUGGAUAUGAUGAAUAAUGGCAUUAAAAAGGAGGCUAUAGAAGCUUCUAUGAACUAUAUUGAAUUCCAAAUCAGGGAGUUAAACACUGGCACCUUCCCAAAAGGGCUAAUGUUAGUCAACCUGAUGCAAUCACAAUCACAGUACCAAAAAGAUCCCAUAGAGUGUCUCUAUUUCGACCGUUUCAUUGCUGAAUUAAAGCAACGUGUGGCUAAUGACUCCAAAUAUUUCCAGAAGUUGAUUGAUACUCACUUGGUCAACAAUAGGCACAAGGUUACUGUCCAUAUGCAGGCUAUGGAUCCGAAAGAGUUUGAAAAGGUCACCAAUGAAAGGGUUAGACACGAGUUAGUAGCUAGUUUAUCCCAUUUGACUAAGGCACAAGUUGAUAAUAUGGAACAAGAAUAUGAAAGAUUUAAGGCUGUUUGUGACAACACCGAUGACAGAAAAACUUUGGAUGAACUGCCUAGUCUUACCUUAAAGGAUAUUAACGAGAAAAAUGAACUCAUUCCGACUGUAUACUAUGAGCUUGGGAAAGCUGAGGCACACGAAGGUGUACCAAUGGAUACCCUGGGUGGUAAGAUAUUGUGUCAUCCCAUAGAGUCACAGGGGAUCAUUUAUCUAGAUAUGGCAAUUUCGUUGGAAAAUCUGACGCUCGACGAAAUUAAAUACCUUGAUAUAUUCUGCGCAAUGCUGAAAGAAGCAGGAACUUAUGACAAGUCGUCGGAGGAUAUGACGUACCAUAUCGCCUCCAACCUUGGAGGGCUAACCACAUCAUUCUCUUUCAUGUCGCACGCCAACGGGCGUAGACAUGCUAAUAGAGACAGCGGUAUGGGUUAUCUUUAUAUAAGGUCUAAAUCCCUUAAGGGUAAGCAAAAUGUAAUGGUCGAUAUCAUCAUGGAUAUACUGAAGUCGGCAAACUUUGAUAAUGCUGAAAAGGGUGUGGAAAUAAUCAACCGUAAGAUUAAUCAAUUAGAAGCCGCGUUGAUAUCGGAUGGACACAAAUACGCUGCUAAAAGGCUCAUGAAAGGCUUGUCGGUUGCUGACUACGCCACUGAAAUGGCUAGUGGUUACUCAUUCCUCGCAUCGCUGAAGGAAGAAAUACAGCGUGAAGCAGAAAAGGACUGGAGCACACUCGGCUCGAAACUUGAUAAGAUAAGAUUCAAGCUCCUUGACAUCAAUAACCUAGUUGUAAAUGUAACUGCAAGCCCCGAUAUCAUCAAAGAAUGGGUGGAAUCUGACAGUGCCACCUUGUCGAAGAAAAUAAAACAUGUAUUUACCCAUGGCGAUGAAAGGCGCGCUGAUAUUAACUGGGUAUCGGAAGUCAUUCGAGGAGGAUACAGACAGAGCGUUGACGAAGUCAUUGUAGCACCAACUAAUGUCAAUUUUGUCGGUAUGGGAGGUCCAGUGUACAACGAAGAGGACGUAAAUGGUGCGGACGAGCUACUUCUACAUUACCUUGGCACUGCCUACUUGUGGAAACAUGUACGUAUGUCUUUAGGUGCAUAUGGUGUCUUUUGUAACCUGUCUGCUUGCGGCGAUGUGAUAUUCAUGUCAUACGCUGAUCCCAAUUAUAACCAGACUCUGGAUAUCUACAAGAGUGUACCUAAGGCUAUCUUAGAGGCAAUAAAUUCGCUUAGUGACAAAGACCUGUUACGACAGAAAAUCGGCAAGAUUAGUGGAAUAGACAAGCCUUUACCUGUGGAUGCCAGGGGAUUCCUUGCACUGAAUCGUAUAAUCAGGGGAGAAUCUGACGCCGAUAGGCAACUAUUUCGGGAAGAUAUUUUAAAUGCAACAGUACAAAACUUUGACCGCCUGCGGGACCGUAUGGAACGUUCCAAUCAGUGGCACAAGGUGUGCGCGGUAGUUAAUCAAACGACUGCUAACACAUUACCCGAUAACGUCGUACAGUUGAAUUUAAACAAAUAACCAUAAUAAUAUGAA